CGAUCAGCCUCCGAAAUGUCAUCGCGAUUGUUUUGACUGGUGAAUUUCUACCAGUUUUUCCGAAAAUAUUUAAGAAAAGGAGCGAAUAUUUAUUGAUUUCCCGGCCCUCGCAUUGGUCCCGCAGCUAUUGAUUCGGUCAUGUGACCGUUCCUCUCGCGCAGCGUAAACUCCUUAUUGCCCUGCAACGAGAUCUUUCCCAUAGCAGAGAAAAUUUUUGCGUCCGUUCGAGGACCCUGAUGGUCCUGUAGUUUUCCUUAUGAAAAUGGUUUAAACAUUGGCAAACGUAUUCGCGAACUCGUGUUAUUUAAAAGUGGAAAAUUGGUGACGUUAUUCUGUUAGAGGGAACUCAAGUUACAAGCAAAAAUGUCUUCAGUCAAAGUGGCUGUCCGCGUCAGGCCUUUCAACAACAGAGAAAUAAGCAGGGAAUGUAAAUGCAUCAUCAAGAUGGGCGGAAACACAACAACAAUCGUGAAUCCAAAAGCCGACAGUAAAGACUCUGCCAUCAAAAGUUUCAACUUUGAUUAUUCAUAUUGGUCUCAUGACCCAACCGAUCCAGAAUUCAGUUCUCAACUGCUCGUCUACAAAGAUAUAGGAGAGGAAAUGCUUCAGCAUUCUUUUGACGGAUACAACGUUUGCAUUUUCGCUUAUGGACAAACCGGCGCUGGCAAAUCUUACACUAUGAUGGGGAAACAAGAAAAGGGCCAAGAAGGCAUUAUUCCUCAGAUAUGUCAAGAAUUAUUUCGCAAAAUCCGGGACAGUGAGCAACCAGAUAUAAAGUACUCGGUAGAGGUCAGCUAUAUGGAAAUAUAUUGUGAGAGGGUAAGGGAUUUGUUGAAUCCCAAGAACAAAGGCAAUUUAAAAGUUCGUGAGCACCCCUUGUUGGGUCCUUAUGUUGAAGAUUUAAGUAAACUGGCAGUGACAAGCUACGAAGAUAUCCACGAAUUGAUUGAUGAAGGCAAUAAAGCUCGAACAGUUGCUGCUACUAACAUGAACGAGACUAGUUCUCGGUCUCAUGCAGUAUUCACAAUUUUUUUUACUCAACAGAGAUUGGACGAAACCACACAGUUAACUACAGAAAAAGUGUCUAAGAUUUCUCUGGUUGACUUGGCGGGAUCUGAAAGGGCAGAUUCUACAGGAGCCAAGGGUACUAGGCUUAAAGAAGGCGCUAAUAUUAAUAAAAGCCUUACCACACUCGGAAAGGUCAUUAGUGCCCUAGCAGAAAUCGCCUCCAAAAGUAAAAAAUCAAAAAAGGCAGAUUUCAUACCAUACAGAGAUUCUGUGUUAACAUGGCUCCUAAGGGAAAAUUUAGGCGGAAACAGCAAAACCGCUAUGAUUGCAGCGAUUUCACCAGCCGACAUCAAUUAUGACGAAACUUUAUCCACUCUGCGAUAUGCAGAUAGAGCCAAGCAAAUUGUUUGCAAAGCCAUUGUCAAUGAAGAUGCCAACGCUAAACUCAUUAGGGAGCUCAAAGAAGAAAUUCAGAAACUCAGGGAGCUGCUCAAACAGGAAGGUAUCGAGGUACACGAAGGUCCCGAUGGCAAAGUUCUUUAUGAAAAGAAAGAACAACCUCGUAUGGAUAGUAACAUGGUUGAAAGAAACAAUAAGGAAAAUGAGAAGAGAGCCAGAACUCAGUCCACCACUGCUGAAGAAGCUGUGGAUCAAUUGCAAGCCAGUGAAAAACUAAUUGCAGAAUUAAACGAGACAUGGGAAGAAAAACUUAAGAAAACUGAAGCCAUAAGGAUAGAGAGAGAAGCGGUUUUUGCUGAAAUGGGUGUCGCCAUUAAAGAUGGUAACACUGUCGGCAUAUUUUCUCCUAAACAGACCCCGCACUUGGUGAAUUUGAACGAGGAUCCAUACAUGUCUGAAUGUCUAAUUUAUUAUAUCAAGGAUGGCUUAACAAGGAUAGGCUCAGAGGAAGCAAGUUCUCCUCAGGAUGUUCAACUCUCUGGCUCUCAUAUUAAACCUGAGCAUUGCAUUUUUGAGAAUAAGGACAGGAAAAUCACGUUAAUUCCUGUAAAUGGAGCCUUAAUUUAUGUUAAUGGCAGAGAGAUAACAGAACCUAUAACCCUAAAAACCGGUUCUCGAGUCAUCCUGGGCAAAAACCACGUAUUUAGAUUCACUCAUCCAGACGAAGUACGGGAAAUGCGCGAGAAAAAUACCCCCGCCGAAACGGUAGAUUGGAACUUUGCCCAAAAUGAACUCUUGGAAAAGCAAGGGGUGGAUCUCAGAGUGGAAAUGCAAAAGAAAUUAGUCAACUUAGAAGAACAGUACCGUAAGGAGAAGGAGGCUGCCGAUCAAGCAUUUGAUGAGCAAAGAAAGAAUUAUGAGGCAAGAAUCGACGCUCUUCAGAAACAAGUCGAAGAACAAAUAAUGACAAUGUCCACUUACAGCUCUUACACUCCAGAAGACUUUAGCAAUGAUAAUGAUAUUUUUGUGAACCCUCUGUUUGAUGCAGAGUGCAACUGGACCGAGAAAGAAUUCGAACUGGCCGCAAGCGCGUGGAGAAAGUGGAAGCACCAUCAGUUUACUUCUUUAAGGGAUGACUUGUGGGGCAACGCCAUCUUCCUAAAAGAAGCCAACGCUAUUAGUGUCGAGCUUAAGAAAAAGGUACAAUUCCAGUUUACACUACUCACCGACACACUGUACUCUCCGCUUCCUCCUGACAUGCGACCAUCUUCUACCGAUUUCGACCAUGAAGAGGAUAUAUCAGUCCCAAGGACUAGCGUUGCAGUGGAGGUCCAGGAUCUUAAAAACGGUGCCACCCACUACUGGUCUUUAGAAAAACUACGCCAACGUCUUGAGUUAAUGCGCGAAAUGUACCACAACGAGGCGGAAAUGUCACCCACUUCACCCGACUACAACGUGGAAUCGCUAACAGGCGGAGAUCCCUUUUAUGACAGGUUCCCCUGGUUCCGCAUGGUCGGUAGGGGAUUCGUCUACCUUAGCAACUUGUUGUAUCCUGUUACUCUCAUACAUAAAGUAGCUGUCGUCAGCGAAAAAGGAGACGUACGCGGAUACCUUAGGGUUGCGGUACAAGCUGUCAUGGAUGAAGAUAACUCUGACCAAGUGGGAGUUAGACAGAGUGCUAGGAUUGCUUUUGAAGGAACGCCUAAAGCUGUUAUCGAUCGUAACAUUCACAACAUGGAAGAACGUAUUAUCGAGGGUCACAACAACAUAGAUCCUAUAAAACUGGAGGAAUUAAUUGAAUGCGACGCCGAUUCUGGCCGUGGAGACAGUUCUGUAUCUUCUGACGUGAAAGAAGAAGAUAUUCCGGAACAUCUUAUGAUUGGAAAAGAGUUCACCUUUAGGGUUACGGUUUUGCAAGCAGUGGGGAUUUCUACCGAGUAUGCUGAUGUCUUUUGUCAAUUCAACUUCUUGCACCGACACGAUGAAGCAUUUUCAACAGAACCAGUAAAGAACACUGGAAAAGGAACUCCACUGGGCUUUUACCACGUUCAAAAUAUAACAGUAACCUGCACCAAAUCCUUCCUAGACUACAUCCGGAGCCAACCGAUCGUCUUCGAAGUAUUUGGGCAUUAUCAAGCACACCCGCUACAUAAAGACGCUAAACUAGAAGGAAGCGUGAGACAACCCCCGAGGCGGAUGUUGCCCCCGUCAAUUCCCAUUUCGCAGCCUGUGAGAUCAAGCAAGUUUGGGGCUUUGCCCAGUCCCUGCACCGCCCAUAUCCACGCGAAAGUUGAUGUGCUCGUAUGGUUCGAGAUUUGCGAAUUAGCGCCUAAUGGCGAGUAUGUUCCGGUGGUGGUCGAGCAUAGUGACGAUUUACCUUGUAGGGGACUCUUUUUGUUGCACCAGGGCAUCCAAAGAAGAAUUCGCAUUACCAUAGUUCACGACCAAGCCUCAGAAAUUAAGUGGAGGGAUGUCAGAGAAUUGGUAGUAGGGCGAAUCAGAAACUCUCCGGAAUCUGAAGAUGAUGAAGACAACGACAAUUCUGUUCUCUCUUUGGGUCUAUUUCCAGGUGAAAAUCUAGAAAUCCCUGGAGACGAUAGAGUCAUGUUUAGAUUCGAAGCCGCCUGGGACAGUUCUUUGCAUAACUCGCCGUUACUCAAUAGGGUUUCCUCUCCAGGAGAGCAGAUUUUCAUGACUUUAUCUGCCUAUCUUGAGUUGGAGAAUUGUGGCAGGCCAGCAAUUAUCACUAAAGAUCUUUCGAUGGUAAUGUAUGGACGGGACGCUCGCACAGGUUCCAGAUCUUUGAAACAUUUAUUCUCUGGAAGUUAUAGAAAUGCCGAAGCUAACAGAUUAUCGGGAGUUUACGAAUUACUGUUGAGACGUGCUAGCGAAGCAGGUAGUCCAGGUGUUCAACGUCGCCAAAGGCGAGUACUAGAUACCAGCUCAACUUACGUGAGGGGCGAAGAAAACCUGCACGGAUGGCGUCCACGUGGUGAUUCUCUUAUUUUCGAUCAUCAGUGGGAGUUGGAGAAACUUACGAGGCUUGAAGAAGUCGAAAGGGUCAGGCAUACACUUUUGCUAAGGGAACGUUUAGGACUAGAUAGAGGACACAACCAUAACCGAUUUAUUGAAUACACCACCAAGAGUGAAAAAGACGUCUGUAACAUGGUAGCCAAGAAUAAUUUGAACCAAAACUACCAAGGAAAUAAUGACCCCGUUUACGAAUAUACUGACCGCGAACGACAGCUGCUCAACAGAUGUGUCCGGUUGAUCCAGGGGAAACCCCGUGAUCCUAAAGACAUUAAAGAGAAGGAAGUGUCCAGUCCCACCGACGAAAUGACCGAUAUGAGCGCCAGCAUGAUUUCGAGCGUCAUGACAAAUAGUUCAAUCGAAUUAUGUUCUCCCGAGCGUACCCCCCUUAUUGGGGAAUGUGCACCGUUCCCAUCUAUGCAGUUAUCCACGCCAGGUCCUAAAGCUGAUCCGGAAUUAGUGCUUUAUGUUCCUGAUAUAGAAGAAAUCAGAAUUUCGCCAGUAGUAGCCAGAAAGGGGUAUCUUAAUGUUUUAGAACACAAAACACAUGGCUGGAAGAAACGAUGGGUGGCAGUACGUCGCCCCUACGUGUUUAUUUUCCGCGACGAGAAGGAUCCUGUAGAGAGGGCUCUAAUUAAUUUGGCGACUGCUCAAGUGGAGUAUUCAGAAGACCAACUGGCUAUGGUACGUGUGCCCAACACCUUCAGCGUAGUGAGCAAACACCGUGGGUACUUACUACAAACCCUACAUGAAAAAGAAGUUCACGACUGGCUCUAUGCUAUAAAUCCAUUAUUGGCAGGACAGAUAAGGUCCAAAUCGGCCAGACGGGUACAGCCUCAGGGCAACAAGAAUCAAGAGGGCGUGACCUCCGAUAUACAUCUAACAACGGCGCCUCAACUCAAAUGAGAUAUGAUUGAUAUGGAAUCGGUGCUGGUAUAUUAAGUUAACAUUUUUUGUCUCUUUUGUUGUUUAAUUUCUUACUUUUGUAUUAUGCUGAUUCCAUAUACGUGACAUGACAAGGAGGUAAUGUCUCAAUAUUUCUAGUCAUUUUAUUUUAAUUGAAAGUAUUACCGAUGAUAAAAUUAAAUCGUCCGAGCAGAUAAAUUACAUAGGAUUUUGUACAGAAAAGCGGUAAUAUUUCUAAUUAAAAUGUCUUAUGUGAUUUUUUAGUAUAUUUAUAAGUGUAAUUUUAGCAUUAAUUUCAUUAUUUCAAAUGCGCAAAGUAGGACAGGGAUUCGUGCUAAAGGCAUAUUAUUGAAUAUCACUAAGUAGAGCAAGAAGGCCGGUGAAUUGUUCAACAACAGGGCAAUUAGAUGGAUUGUGAUCACACGCGGCUCUGCUCGAUUGGUGAACACACUAUUAUCAAUUUUAUUACAGAUUUCUCCUAUAAGGCCUUAAAAUAUUUCAAUGUGCAAUAUAAUAUACAUAUAUAAAUUAUAGACGUGAAAACUAUUAUACUAAUUCACCAUACUGUAAUAAAUGUGUAGAUUUGGCAAAAGCAAUGCUACUUGGGUGAAUGCAAUAAAUCAGAAAAUAGUGAGGGUAUUACGGACAGAACUUAUUAAGUAAAAAAAAGCAGUUUGCAAGAAAAACUAAUAUUAAUUUAACUGCUACAAUUAUAACUUCUUGUUUAGUUAUGUUGCACGUAUAUAUACAAGUAAAAACCGAGGAAUUUUUAUUACAUAUAUUGGCCAUAUAUGUGGUGUACCUGCGAGGAUAUGUUUAACGAAAGGUAGGUUUUGGAAAAUUUGUCAAUGUGAAUUAGGAGCUUUUCUGAAUUAGGAAAAAUCUAUCUUCUGAAAAUAUGCUUAUCAAUGUGUUAUAGGCACUUCUUUAUAAAACAGAUAACGUCUAUGUUAUUUUAAGUGGAACACUCUUUGUAUUAUACUUUUUUACAUUCUACAUAAAUUUUUUGACUCAUUUUAUACCGGGUGACACAGCAAAAAGGGAAUACCUAAUAACUAUUUUACCCUUCAGGAUAAACACAUGCUAUUUGGUAUAUCGAUAGAAUUGGUAUAAGAGGAUCUUUUGACAUAUCCGGUUGUUUUCUGUCAUUUUCCGUUUAACCGGAAGUGACACUAACUUUUUUAAAUAAGACACUUGGUAUAUUAUUAAGUAUUUUGAUAAAAAAUAAUAUUCUAAGAAUAAUCAUACUGCAUUUGCUAUUUUUUGUUUUAUACUUAUAGAAAAAAAUCAAUUUUUUAAAUUUUAAAAUAGGGUGCCAUGAAUGUGUUGAAAGUUUUAAUCAAGUAAUCAUGGAAAAAUAGUUUUCAUUGCGUUUUAUGACUUAAAUCUUUUAUAAUCUUUGUUUUUGAUGCAAAUGUUACAGAAAAAUUAUUUCAUAGAACAAAACGACGAGGCCCCAGUUUUGCGAAUCGUUCAAUGACUUCUUUAGGACUGACUUCAUGCCUUGGUGUAUGUAUAGCAAAGCCAAUCCAAUCAGUCUUUCUUGUAGCAUCGUUGACCUCAGCCAUGUUUUCAAGUAGUGAAGAGUAGAAAAAGAGCGCUCAGAGCUUGCAUUUGUCACUGGCAGUGUGCAAAAUAUAUGAAGAUAAGUACAUUAAUGAAUACGAAGAUAAGUACAUUGAUAACACCGCCCAACAGCAUGUAUGUUGCAUGGAAUAUUUUUAUGAUUCUAGGCUUAUUUUUAAUGCUGAUAUUAAAUAAUGUCAUCAGUUUAUAUGUGUCAGCUCUAGUUUUUGAGUUAAAAGGAGGGAGUAUUUUUUGGGAAUUAAAAAUAUACUCAACGUACAAACAUUUUUAAUUACAAGAACUAUACACUCAGGAAUUUUCUUUUAUAUGAUUUUCUACUAGUUUUGAAUGAACUGCUACUCUGAAUACUCCAGCAAAACUCGGCCAACAUAUGUGCAUCCCAGCGACCCUGAAAUCGUUCCUCCAUGGUUCGAAGAUCUUGGUGGAAUCGUUCACCCUGUUCUUCACUCAUGUCACCGAGAUUUUCAGGAAAAUGAUGUAAAUGGCUGUGUAGGAAGUGCACUUUGAUGCUCAUGUUACAUCCAAGUCGCUGGAAGUGUGACAACAUCUCUUCGACGUGCGCAAUGUAAUCAUCACCCUUCCUAUUACCUAAGAAAUUUUGGAUAACCCAAACAAAGGAAUCCCAUGCAUUCUUCUCAAUUUCUGACAUUGAGCUGGUGAAAUUAGGAUCGUUUACCAACUUGCGAAUUUGUGGACCAUCAAAUAUACCUGCCUUGAGUUUUUCUGAACUUAGACACUUGGAAAUUUCCUUGAAAUAUAUUUGAAACAUUCACCAUCUUUAUUUAAUGCCUUAACAUAUUACUUCAUUAAACCUAGUUUAAUGUGCAGGGGUGGCAAUAUGAUACGAUCUCGUGGCACUAGAGGUUUAUUUAUAACAUUAAGACUACCUGGAAGUAGUGCUUCCCUAGAGGGCCAUUCUUUUUUUGACCAAUGUUCUGAUUUUGCUCUACUAUCCCAUAAACACAUAAAACAAGGAUAUUUAGUGUAGCCUCCUUGUUGUCCUAAAAGGAAUUUCACCAUCUUCAGAUCAACGCAAAUCACCCAUUUAUGAUUGUUAUAUUUGAUUUUGUUCAUGACCAGUGCUAUUGUGGGGUAUUCUUCCUUAACUUUAGUUGAAUGUGCUAUUGGUAUGGAGCCUAGUUUAUUUCCGUUGUGCAAUAGUACUCCGUUUUGACGAGUCAAUAAAUAAACGCCAAUCGAUUGGUUCAUAUUUCUGCAAGCCCAUGGCAGUCAUUAAACCAGAAAUAUUAGUACAAAAUACAAAAUUAUCCUCCUCAGCGGAAAAGGGAAGUAAGUCUUUUUCUCGAGUGCGGUAAUAAGAAACUUCAGUUUCUUUAGUUAAAAGAUUUCUCUCUUUUAAUCUGGAGGCCAAUAAUUCACACGAAGUUUUGGAUAGUCCAAGGUCUCUAAUUAAAUCAUCAAGUGCACUUUGAUCGAAUGGUUUUCGUUGGAAAGAGAUUUUCUGGAACAAACUCGUCAUCGCUCAUGCUACUCAAUCAUUCAAUUCAUCAGAACUUUCUGUAGAUGUAGAUGGUAAUGGUAAAGAUGUAUCUUUUGAGCUCCUUACAGGCCUCACAGCUGAUGUUGAUGUGGGGUAAAUCCAUUUGGAGCGGUUCGUCUUAUUGAUUCCUUUUAUAUUAACAACGCACAAAUAGCAGUCAUCGUGAUGAUUUAAAGGUUCACGCCAAAUCAUUGGGGAUUGGAAUUUAAAAGAGAGUCUCUUCUUAGUGGCCCAUAAACGUAAUUCUUCAACACAAAUUUUGCACACAAUAUUGGGCACCCAGCACUUGUUAUCUGUUUCCAAAGGAAAACCAAAACACUCUAAAUACGCUCGUUUCACAAAGUCUGACAUAUUCAAUCGAAAUUUUUGAAAAACAUAUUCACCACAAAUAUAACAAAAACAAUUCGGAUCAUUAAUGCAGACCCUUCUUAGCGAAGUCAUGAUGAAAAUUACAAUAAUUUAUCUAAAACGCGACUAUAAUAGAUAAAAAACCAAAAAUAAAGAUAAAUGAGAAAAACGUAGCUAUAUCUAAACAACUCGAGCUGUUAGAGUAAAACUGACGACAGAUUCGAAAUCAGAUGCCUCGAAUUAGUAAACAACAAUAAAAAUAUUUCAGUCAACAUAAAAUAACCUUCGAUUUGUUGUGCAGUGUAAUACAUUGAUAGUCGGGAAUAUUUCAACAUCACAGUUCUCCAAAGCUUGUAAUGCAGGAGUUGGAAGUGGAUUCGCUGAAGUCUUUUUCUUCUGCUGCCAAUAGCACUGCCAGUGGUUCAACUCGCUUUUGAACUUAAAACGCUGCACGAAGUUGUCAUCAGUUACGAGUCUUUUGAAUCUUUCUGUCACACAGCUGAUAAGAUUUUCGCUUUCAGUUGGAUUGAGCUCACAUACUUUCGUAGGCAGCAGCAUACUUAAUUGAAAACCGGCUAGAACUUCUUUCGAAAAACCUUUUCGCGUGCUUCCGGCGACUGCCCUGUACGACGGCAUGCCUCCGCGUUAGGGAACGCGGAGGCAUGCCAGUAAGCAAGGGCAGUUUCAUAGUUCUUUGCCUUCGGCCCUAAGCUUAACGAGGCAUUUGAGUUGCGAUCCGUUAAUUUUCUUCCUGAGGGUGGUCAAAGAAUCUCUGGGGUUCUUGCAUUUUCCAGAGGCGCCACGCUCACCCCUCUCUAGACCUCCGGCGUUGUGAACUCCUGGGGUCUUGUCACUCCGCCUGCCCUGGUCUCCAACCUCGGGUGUACGAAUGGAGGGGUUCUCUCCCUCACUCUCGGCUGUUACCACCGGGUCCACCUCCAUUCCAAAGUUCAUAACGCCCUCUGCAGGUAUACCUUCAGGUACCGGUAGUGGUGCGGAUAAGGCAAUUCAUCCGUCACAUGCGAAGAUGCCUCUAAAAGAGGAUCGUGACUGUUGCCCGCCACGUUAGGGUCUUGAAUUUUUUCGGGUCGUUUCUCCAUAAAAAGUCCCACAAGAAGCUAGGAAAAGUUGGUCGAUUGUGACAGAGCCCCGCAUGCCAUAAUAAGGCUUGAAUACUAGGGAAUUUCACCCGGUUUUACGUAGACAUCGUUCAGGAUACCUGAUUUAAGGGCUCAGGUGUCAUGUAGACCUUGGCACGAUAGCUUUCUCCUAGUCUUAAGCCCGAUACCCCAGAAACGUCAUACCGAGAGAGGAGAGAAGAAGAUAGCACAGUAUUAGAGAAGGGAAAUCUAGAACUGUGGUUAGAUUGACCGAUAGCAGGUAGCAGAAAGUAGAAAAAGCAGAAUCACACUCAAACAUAGCAGAAGUAGAGUGCGUUCUAGUCCGACUAGGUCCGGCAUUUAGUUUCAACAGGGCUACUACGUGAAGGAUGCUUGCAUGGCUCGCAUACCCCGAUCUUUGUCAGGGGGUACCCCGCUUGACUGGUGUGUACCCCGGAGACGCGCUCAAAUGCCGUUCAGUAUAACCCCGGUUGGCACUGAGCAAGCCCUACAAACCCCUAUUAGGCAUUUUACCAACUAGGCCUUUGAAUUUAGGAGUGAGACUAUCCCAUACCACAUAUAGGUGUUGUUUCAUUUUGUGCCCAAAUAUGUGUCUGUAUUGGAUUAAAAUCCAGGUUGAUAGAGGCAUGUGACAAAACUUUAAUAUCAUGUUCUCCUAUCAAUUUUUUGGUAAAUUUAGCCGUAUCGCAUGAGGCUCAGUCCCGUUAAAAGAUGAAAUCUUUGGGUAUAAAUUUGCAGUACUUGGUAAAAGUGAAUGUUCAAGGAUAUCUUGAUAUUUGGCUGCAUUUAUUAUGCAUUCAAUAAAGUGUCAAGUCCUCAACAACUCGACAUACAACUCUACACUUUUGAGACAAUUCUUAGGGAUUGGUUCUGUUUUUUCCUGAAUCACACAAUGUCGAUAACCUCCCAGACAGCCAUCAAAUUUGCUUUCGUCGCUAUAGAUAACGUUAUUCCAGUUAUCUUUGGUCCAAACGUAACGCUUUCUUUUUUGAGUUUCCGUCAACAAUGUACUCGAAUAAAUAAAAAAAAGAUAGAUACUGAUCGCUGAGAAGAACUUAUCAAAGAUAUAAUAAAAACUAAAGUUAAAGUUCCCGACUUACAUAUUCUAGUUUUAUGCCUUACGCUUCUUUGAGAAACAACUUUUGAACCGCCUAAGCUUUUGCCCCGAACAUCAAUACUGGCAAUUUCACCAUAUUUCCUAAUUAUAUUAAACACAGUAGUUGUUGCUACAGUCAAUUCACUGGAUAUUUCACGCAUUGUUUUCCUUUGUUCAAACAAUUAAUUAAAUUCCAAGAAAUAGUCCAUCUUUUCUCAAAGAGAACGGCUUACAUUAAAUAGUAAUGCAAUAAACUCUCAAUUUUGAGACCUGUGACUUAGAGUUUAUUUCAUUAAAUAGUAAUCAAUUUAAAAUAUAUAAUUAAAUCGCAAAAAUAAUUUCAUACAUAGAAAACAAUGUUGUUAAAUGCGUAUUUACAAUUUAAAAACAUUUCGGUAAAUUUUUAUUUUAUUCGCAAAAUAACUGCUUGUUCCAACAUAUAGUGGUUAAGCUACUAACUUACGUCUUGUAUAUUAAAAAGCCAAACACCAUUUUCUGAUUUAUUAACCCCAUUUUAUCGCAUGUGUAAGAAAAUUUCGUACUUCAUUUGUACUUUAAAAAUAUAUAUGGUAUACAUAGUUUUUAAAUAACCCCUUGUACCCCCUUAACCCCGUCUAAUCAUUUGUGAAUCAUAUGGCAUGUCUAGAAGAUAAAUAGAUUUUAUUUAAAGAAAAAAAUUAAAAAUCGUUAUAUAUUUGGAGCUCUUUAGAAAUUUCACCUUCUUUGCAAAAUAUUCCUCUGGACAAGGCUCUGUAAUGUGCUAGUUUUAGAUGAUCGUAAAAUUCCUUUCUUGAUAAACCAAACCAUUUUAGUCUAGAUAAUAAAAACCUAUUCUUAUGUUUCGUAGUUCAUAAGGCAAAAGAUCUUUCGUGACUGAUAUUUAAAUUUUGUUAUGUUCCACAAAAGAACACUUUUAAAUUAUUACUAUUGCUAAAAAUUGUUAUAUUGGACGUACUAUAUUAAGUAGUUGCUUGUUAUAAGUGGUAAUCUGUAGCACAGUGCUAGCGACGCCCGUUUUUCGAUGAGGCUGUAUAUUUUUUCGAAGGAUUAAUGUUGGUUUAUACAGGUAUGUACAAAAACGAUUCGUAUAUUUCUGUAUGUCGGUGGAAAUGUGAUAAAAGAGAUUUUAUAUUAUGGUAAAGAAAUAGUUUUGAAAAGCGGGCGUCGUUAAAGAAUAAAACUUUUUUGCGUCACUCGUGCUAAAAUAAAUGAGCUAUAAAUGUAUAAAAUUAACGAUAAUAAUUAUGGUAUUAUUAAGAUGAUGAUCAUAAACCGUAGGACAAUUUAGGAAAAUUACCAUCUAUUAUUUUAUUAAUGACAAAUCGGGUACUUCCACGUACCGUUUUGUCUUAACUAUUGAUUGUAUAAUUGUAUAAGUAAUAUGAAAAUAUACUUAAUAAAUAUCAUAAUUGUUAUUUUA